AUGAGUUCGUAUUCUCCUCUCGUAUUCCGCGCCGCCGCUGGGCAACGGAGAGACACGAAACGGGCGGUGGCGCCCUCGACUUUGCCCACGGCCGAGACAGACAAGAGCCUGACGAGAACUACAACGUUACGCCUGGGGGACGAGCACGUUCCGACGGCGGGGGGUAGGGCUAUCGGGGGGAAGGCGAGGUACGGUGGGCGCGAUGGCAAGACGUCGACGGCGAAGGGGGGAUGGGACGGGACGGUUGCGUCGGCGAGGGUCAAAGUCGGGUGCCCUGGCCAGUAA